AUGUGGUUGCUAGGUAUGAUAAUGUUCACAUGUCUGGCAGAGUUAUAUUAUUCAGCAGUGGAAAAGGCAAAACAAAUAAUCAGUUGUGGACCGGUUAGAUGGAAUAAGCAUGAGUUUGAAUGGCUAAAACUAAACAUUGAUGGCUGUUGUAAAGGGAAUUGGGAAGCUCUGGAGGAGGUUGUUGUAUCAUUAGGGCCAACCUUGGCUGCUCUGUCCUGGCCUGUGCUGAAUAAUAUGGCCCGAGGGCAGAGCUCUUUUACAGGUUUGCUGCGGCGCAAUGCUGCAUUUGCCAAGGCUGUGGAGUUCAAAGUUCUGGCGAGUGGAACUGAGCAGCAGGUACAGUUGAAAAAUGUUGAGACGACGGCGCUACUAGAUGUGAGCGGGAUGAUGUGUGGCGCGUGUGUCUCACGUGUCAAGGCGAUCUUAUCAGUGGACGACAGAGUUGACUCGGCUGUGGCCAAUAUGUUGACCGAGACAGCUGCGGUUAAGUUGAAAGCGGAUGCAGCUGAAACUGGUUUGAGCCGAAGAGGUCAUCUGGGUUCAAUGUUGGAUAUACUGCAUAAUUCUUAUGUCAAAGCUGGAUUGGCAGUUGGGGCUUUAUUAGGACCUGGACGAGGUCAUGCUUCUUGGGUUUGUAUUACUAGGGCGUUCCUUGGAGGAAAGGCAAGGCUGAAGGCAUCUAGUGACAUGAAUGAGCUAUUAUCACUUAUAUCCACUCAGUCUAGACUUGUAAUUACUUCAUCCGGCAGUGAUUCCUCGACUGACGUUGUCGGUUCUGAUGCAAUUUGUAUUGAAGUUCCAACCGAUGAUAUUCGAGUUGGUGAUUCUUUGCUCGUUUUUCCUGGAGAAACUAUACCCGUAGAUGGAAGAGUCGUUGCAGGUCGAAGUGUUGUGGAUGAGUCUAUGCUUACUGGAGAGUCUCUUCCGGUGUUUAAAGAGAAGGGUGUUUCUGUCUCAGCUGGUACAAUUAACUGGGAUAGUCCUUUAUGGAUUGAGGCCUCUUCCACUGGUUCCAAUUCAACAAUUUCCAAGAUUGUUAAUAUGGUUGAGGAUGCCCAAGGCCGUGAAGCACCAAUUCAGCGACUAGCAGAUACAAUUGCUGGGCCAUUUGUUUACAGUGUGAUGACAUUAUCAACUGCCACAUUUGGGUUCUGGUAUUAUGUUGGGUCAAACAUCUUCCCAGAUGUUCUAUUGAAUGAUAUUGCCGGACCAGAAGGAGAUCCUUGCUUCUGAGCCUGAAACUUGCUGUAGAUGUAUUG